AUGGCUCUAGCCCUCGAUGUGCAAGCUGACAUCAGCAUCCAGGCUGAAGACUGUAUCAAUCCGUGGGAAGAGCUGGCUAAAAAGUACUGGUGGGACAGGGACAAUGCGCCUACAAAGGUCAAGCCAGAAGUGAUCAAGUCAGCUAUUUGGGAUCCUCUCGAGCAAGACUCCUUUGCCUUCCACUCCCUCGCCACUCUUGAGAAUUACCAGAUUCUCGAAAGAUUUCUUUGGCCGACCUUUUCAUCAGACUCUUCCAACCACCAUGUCCUGCUCAUCGCGGUCUUCUUCAAUGUGAAGCAACGGGCUCGACUCCAUGACUGGUUUCUCUUCACCAGCCGGCCUGCAGAGUUCUCGAACCUGCUUCGUCGAGUCCUCUCCUUGAACCUCGACUCUUCUCUAUCCGCGUUUUCUCGCUUGUCCCUGCUUCAUUUUGUGCUCGGUGCAUUUCAGUCUCUCGAAAAUGAUCUGGUCCGCAAAGAGUGCGCCCCGCUUGUGUCGAUCGCAAUAUGGUACAAUAUACAUGACGAAAGAACAAGGGAAAGACUUCUCGAAGCAAAUCCGGCGCGGAAGAAAGCAUGGAGGGCAGCUGCGCGAAGAUAUGAUGCAGCUGAUCUCGAAACUCAAAGUCGCUUACGCUUUGAUCGAGCAUGGCUGUAUACGAUGCUGAUCGAUUUCAUUGGAAGACUCAACGCAUCGAAGUUGACACAUUCUCAAGAGAUGGUCUAUUGUGAACGGUUUUUGGAAUUCUUGAUCGAUCUGACCAGUCAAUUGCCCACCAGACGGUACACGAACGCUCUGUUGAAAGAUGUCAACAUCAUCCCCGUGAUUCGAACGUCGAAACUGUUUGAAAGAGAGGAUGCUGUGCUCUUGCAUGACUUGACCAGUCUUCUCGAACAUUUUCAGAGUUUUGCGAUCGACGAGCUGGGCGGCACGGAAGAAAGACAUGAUGGCUCGCGUAGGGCACAUUAUCAAUCAUUGGAGAAGCUGCAACGAGUGGCCCUCCAACACUUUGGGGACAAGCUGAAAGUCCUGGCACUGUCGAACUUCGGGUCCAUCGACAAAAGAAGCGAGUUACAGUCUCACUUUUCUACGUUAACGGACGGCGAAUUGCAGGACCUAUGUAUGCAGCUUGGGUUUCGAAUUAGCUAUCCCUCGGUUGCCGGAAUCGUCGCGACCCGUGCAAUUAUGAUGGAGAUGCUCUUGUCAUCCUUCUCCAAGCCUAGAGAUUUCCGAGAGGUCGUCACCCAGUUAGCCGUACUGCCUACCGCAACCUCACUAUAUGACCCAGCCUUGAUGAGGAGCGAACACUAUGAUGGCUCCCGGCCACUUGGGAUUCCUAAGUUGAACCUGCAAUAUCUCACCAUUAGCGACUUCAUGUGGCGCUCAUUCCAGCUCUAUCAGGCUGAAGCAUUUUAUGGUAUAAGAAAAGACAUGGAAAGCAUUGUGAAACGAAUGAAGCCGAAAAUGGGCCGAGAACGGAACAGCACAAUAUUUGAAGGGUUCUCAAAAAUGUCUCUUCCGAUUGCAGAGCCUGCUGUCAUUGAGGUUGGUGCUCCAAAAGUUGGGCAUCCCGAGCCCAGCUUUGUGCGAGUGGAAGUGAUAUUGGACGUGAGCCGCCUCACGGACGGCAUCAGAAGAGAAUGGGACAGUCUUAAACCCCAUGACGUUGUAUUUCUCCUAGCGGUUAACGCUCGAAACGAUUCUCGACUUCUUACGAAUGGUCAUACUGGCGACCAAGAUGGUCAACAAAUAUUGUUCACCGGUCUUAGAGCGGCUGAAGUCGUUCAGGUCUUGGACGAUGACGGGCGAGCUCUCAGAGACUCGCAGACAAACGGAUAUACUUCAAGGCCUAGACGGAGGCGUCUGCUGCUUGACUUGGACGCAAGCGCCUACGCUAUCGACAAGCAGAAAUCAGGCCAGGUUGUGUCAGAAAUCGCGUCUAUGAAUGUGAUCGCUCGCAGACAAGGGCGAGAAAACAACUUCAAACCUGUGCUGGAGACUAUCCAAGCUCUGGUCUCCUCCGAAACUGUGCUCCCCUCAUGGCUGCAUGAAGUAUACCUAGGGUAUGGUGAUCCACGAAGUGCUUCAUUUCCGUCGCUGUCAAACCACAUCGACUCCAUAGACUACUUGGAUACAUUCCUUGAUUGGCAGCAUCUGUUGGACAGUUUUCCGGGGACGACUAUCGAAACCGGCGCCGCUGGUCGGUCCACUCCUCUCGAACCGCCUUAUGUCCUUCAACGCACCAUGAACACUAUGGCCGAGCCCCCAGCGAACCCCAAAAAGAGACGUCGCGAUCAAAUGGAGCAAGAUUCAUCUACGGUCAAAGUAUUGACCUACAAACCCCGCAACACCGGACCAUAUCCAAUGGAUGCUCCUCGGAAGAAUGCAAUCCGCUUCACGGCAAAGCAGGUAGAAGCAAUUGUAUCUGGAACGCAACCUGGGCUUACUAUAGUGGUUGGGCCCCCUGGGACGGGCAAGACUGACGUUGCAACACAAACCAUUAAUUUGCUUUACCACAACUUUCCGUCGGAACGAAUUUUACUUGUUGCUCACAGCAAUCAAGCACUCAACCAGCUUUUCCAGAAAAUUAUUGCCCUCGAUAUCGACCCUCGCCAUCUGUUACGAUUGGGUCAUGGCGAGGAAGACCUGGAGUCAGAGGCUUCCUACGGUAAAUACGGUCGAGUGGAGUCUUUCCUAGAGAAUCGCCAGUCCUAUCUAUCCGAAGUGAGUCGUCUUGCAGCUUCAAUUGGCGCCGAAGGAGCACAUGGCGCUUCGUGCGAGACUGCCGACUAUUUCAAUCAGGUUUUCAUUAGACCCGCUUGGCAACGAUUCUGGGAUAUCGCCAACGCAGAAAAUGCCACUGUCGAGUCCGUCCUCGGCUCGUUCCCCUUUUACAAAUUCUUCAGCAACGCGCCAGUUGCGACGCUGUUUCCUCACGGCGCUACGAUGGAGGAAGCACGGGAAGUCGCGUCUGGCUGUCAGUAUCAUAUUGAUAAGAUCUUCUCCGAGCUGGAAUCGAUCCGGCCUUUCGAGAUCCUGCGUGCUGGUCGCGAUCAAGCAAACCACCUCUUGGUCAAUGAGGCACGAAUCAUUGCCAUGACAUCAACGCAUGCGGCCAUGAGGAGAUCCGAAAUUGCCGAACUAGGCUUUCAUUACGAUACAUUGAUUAUGGAAGAGGCGGCGCAAAUCACCGAAGUCGAAACCUUCAUUCCAUGCGCGAUGCAAAACGCGGACCUUGAGACUGGCGAUGUACCCUUGAAGCGAAUUAUUCUCAUAGGAGAUCAUCUUCAGAACUCCCCCGUCAUCCAGAACUUGGCUUUGCGCCAGUACGCCAACUUCGAACAAUCCCUUUUUCUACGUCUCGUCCGCCUUGGUGUGCCCACGAUCCAUUUAGACCAACAAGGUCGUUGCCGCCCCUCGAUUGCCAGUCUCUUCAAAUGGCGCUACAAUAAUUUGGGGAAUUUGCCUUACCUCAUCUCAAAGCCAGAAUUUUCUCGCGCCAACGCGGGCUUCCGCUAUGACUAUCAGUUCAUUGAUGUCGCAGACUAUCAAGGGACCGGUGAACGUGAACCCACGCCACAUUUCGUUCAGAAUCUCGGCGAGGCUGAAUACGCAGUGGCGUUGUACCAGUACAUGCGCCUCCUUGGAUACCCGCCUAACAGCAUCUCGAUCCUCGCCACCUACGCUGGCCAAAGAGCGUUGAUCCGUGACGUUCUGGAGCACAGGUGCAAAAACAACGCACUUUUCGGAAUGCCGAAGACCGUGACUACGGUCGAUAAGUACCAAGGUGAGCAGAAUGACUACGUCAUUGUAAGCAUGACAAGGACGCGGACGCCGGGUUACCUCCGAGAUAUCAGGAGAUUAACGGUCACCCUGUCGCGUGCAAGACUCGGAUUGUAUAUUCUCGGCCGAAAGGAGCUCUUUGCAAGUUGCUUUGAGAUGAGGCCUGCCAUGACUAUCUUAUCGGAAAGACCGCAUAAAUUGGUUGUCACGACUGGGGAGAUGUUUCCCACUACUCGCCUACUCGAGGAGGAAGUAGAAAAUACAUCGGAAAUGGAAGGUGUAGAGCACCUUGGCCAAUAUGUAUAUGAAAUGACCCAGGCAAAAGUCAAGGCUUUGGGUGGACUAGUCAAAAUGCACAUGGAGGAGGAUGAGCAAGAUGGCUAUGCAGCCGAGGAGACGGAGGGUUUCGGCGCCGAUGUUGGAGAAGAGGACCCGUUGCAUGAGAUUGUCUAA